AUGAAUAAAUUCGUUGCAGUUCUAUUAAUAGCUUGCUUUGCUUUUACUUAAGUCCAAGCUCAUUUCUAAGGGCAUAAAUGUGCUCAUAAAAGAAUGAAUCAAAAGUUAGACAAAGAAAUUGUUGACUUGAUUAUCGAUGAAAAUGAAAGACAUCUCUAAAAUGCUAAACCUAGAAACUUCAAGAUUACCUAUGAUAUGGCUUAUUUCGAUAAUUUACCUAAUACUCCUGAAAUGUAAAUCUUUAGAAGAAACUGUGAAAAGGCUAUCAAGAUAGCUUCUAAUUUCUUCAACAAACUUAUCACCAUCGUCCCUAAACCUAAAGGUUCUAUGAAAUGGGAUCUCAGAAGAGAUAAGUGUGGUGAAGCUACUAUCCCUGCUGCUGAUAAGACAACUGAUAAGGAUAGUGAUCUCCAUUUAUACGUCACUUUCACUAAUGAACCUUAAGAAACUUAUCUUGCUUAUGCUGGAUGGUGCAAAUUCGUUAGAAUUAUAGGUCCCACUCACGGUUAAGUAAACUUCAACUUGGGUAUCUUAUAAACCUAAAAUUUUGCCAAUUCUCAUGUAUUCUAAGGUUUAGUUGGGACUGUUAUCCACGAAAUAACUCACGUUCUUGGAUUUUCUGAUUCUGACUUUGCUAAUUGGGUUGAUGCUAAUAAGAAACCUUAUGUUAAUCCUACUGUUGAGUAAACUGUUAGAGGCAUGAAAACUAAAUUCCUAAAAACACCAAAUGUUCUUGAAUUUGCAAAAAAAUACUAUGGAUGCAACACUAUUCCUGGUAUGGCGCUUGAAAACUAAGGUGAUGAAGGUUCAGCUGGUUCUCACUGGGAAACUACUAUUAUUCAAGAUGAAAUAAUGAAUGCAUCAGAUUCCCCAACCAUUUCUAUUUUCACUGGUUUUACUGCCGCUUUGCUAAGAGAUACUGGUUUCUAUGCUUCUGUUAACUCAAAUAUGGAGGAAAAAUCUUUCUAUGGUAAAGAUGCUGGUUGUUCCUUCAUUACCGGUUCUUGUGAUGACAAAAAAAGAGAGUUCUGUACUGAAGGAUCUUUCGAACAAAAAUGUGACUAUUAUUAUCAUGGUGUUGGAUAAUGUAACUCCUCUUAAGAUUUAGACGAUGGUUGCAACACGAUUUAAACUUUCAAUAAUGCUAAAUGUUAUGAUGAUUCAAACCACUUCUAGAAUAAUCCAACUUAUAAAAGUGCUAUGGGAGUUUCUCUUGGAUCUAACUCUAAGUGCUUUAACAGCUCACUCAUUAGUGAAAAAUAUAAGCCUAUCAAGGAAUAAGGUUUAUGCUAUACCUAUACUUGCACUUCUGCCAAUUAGGUAAUUGUUAGCGUUGGAGGAACUAAAGUUACUUGCUCUAAGAAUGGCUAAUAAUUGAAGGUUCCUGGUUACACUGGUUUACUUACUUGCCCUGAAAAGCUUGAUUAAUUCUGUGCUUUCAAGAAGUUAUGUCCUAGUAAUUGUAGUUCAAAUGGUUUUUGCAACAAUGGAACUUGUAUUUGCAUGAAUGGUUUCAGAGGAGCUGCUUGUGACUAAGUUGCUUGA